UAGGUCCACUGUCAGCAGUAGGUGAUAUGAGAGUAAUCAGCAAUGCCAGCUCAGUGACCAUCUCGUGGAGUGCUCCAUUCUCUCUGGAUGUGACUGGUGUUGAUCCUGAUAUCUGGUACUCUGUCCUCAUCUACAAUGUGACAGAUGAGAACAACCCAACAGCCAUCCUCUGUACUGACUGCAUCAAUAUCACUGAGACACACUACACCUUCACUCCUGACUACCUCAGUCCUUGUCAUGUGUACAACUUCUCUGUCAUCCCCCUAAAUGGAGCUGGCCAGGGAGAGAGCAGUUUUAAUGCUACAACUAUCGUGGUUGGUGACAGUGGAAAUAUAUCCCUCUCAAUAAUUGACAUUGCACCUAGUAGCAAGUCAUUCUGCAGUGUUAGCCUUAAUGUUGUGGGACUUGGCAAUGUGUGUCACCCAAUUCUCAGUGAAGCAAACAAGAGUUUCUCUGAUAUUCAUGUUGUAGAUGAGCAAGUGUUCCUCUUCCUAAUGCUACCUGCAAACAAAAGAUACUUCAUGUACCUUUCAAUAAGAAAAGGCUGGGUAUCUGCAACCAUAGCACACCUAUAUUUCACAACCUAUGAUGUCCAAAGAUUGUCAGUGGAAGAGAGAGGAGUAGGAGGAGUAUUAAGCUCUCUGAGGACCCAGUCUCAGGACACUGUCUCCACCACGGUACCUGUCCCUCCCUCCACUUACACUGUGUAUGGAUACGCCCUUGAGGAGAAUGGACUACCCAACACCACGCCUGCUGUGAUACUGGAGAGUCAGCUAACUAUCAGCAAAGGUGCUACAUUGGUUAAAAGUUCUCAACUAUUAAAGGAUGCCGAUAUAACAUCUGAAUUAGGAUCAACUACAGUGAUAGACUGUGAAUUCUCAGAGGUCUAUCCAGAGGCCUCAUGUGUCCUGGUCUACAGAGAGUAUGGCAGUCCUCUCCUGACAGUUGUGGAGUUGUCUCAGCUCAUCAACUUCCCUGUUUCUAUCACUGUGGACAAUCCUGAGAACUACACCUAUGCACUGUUUGGGAAAGACAGCACAACAGGAACAGAGGAAGAGCCGGUUAUUUGUAUCAGGUUGCACCAGAUCAAACAUUACUUAAUAAGACACUGGAUUCCGAAAAGAAAGAAGAAACAGAAAGUGGGAGAGAUGAGAAAAACAACUCCCAAACACAACAUGUUGCCAUAGCCAUUGGGGGGGCUGUAUUGAUAUGUGUUUUAUCAUGUGCCUCUGGUGUGCUAGUCUUCAUGACAGUCAGGCGGUACAGAAGCAAGAAAAUAAAAGAUAAAAGUGCGGCCCCAACUGUCCAGACCAGAAAUGCUGUGGUGUAUGAUGAGGUGGUUCUGCCCCCAACCUCCUCCUCUGUCAUUCGAACAGAACCUAAUGCAGCGUAUGUCACCACUCAGACUAUACUACCAUACCCACUGGCGAGAAUGUAGCUUAUGGUAUGCAUUGAUAAAGACUUAAUAGUACAAUGAUCAUUGUUUUUAUAUUUCUUGUGAUCAUUAUUUUCGCUUGUAAAGCUUUGGAGAGAUGUUGCAUUGUCUCCACAUGGGACCGAGGUAUUGAGGUUAAAAUAUAACGUGGACUGAUGUAGUUUCAGCUGAAAUGCACAAAGUUCACAUGAACUAAUAAGUUACAGUGUAAAAUUGCUAGAUAACAAUAUACAAUAAUAAAAGGCUAAAUGAAUAGCACUGAAGUGCAAAACCCUCAGCGGAUUUUCGAGCAUGUUGUUAUUGUUGAUGAAUAGUUCUUUGAUAGUUUGCAGUAUACA